CUUUUUUUGGGUGCCGGCUCUGUUCCGGGGUGGGGGGACACCCCCGUAUGCCGCCAGUAAACAGGAUACGAGCGAGCUGCGGCGGGGAGACGGCGGCAGCAGCAUCCCAGCCCCGGUGACAGCCGAGGGUCAGGAUGAUUCCCACCCCAAAGCGGCCCCAAAGUCCCUUUCCAGAUGCUGGCAUCGCUGGUGCAUGCCCGACACGCUGAGCCCACCCACCCACAGCCCUCUGCUUCUCAGCAUCCGCCUAGACCAGCACCCCGGGGUGCCCUCACUGGCCCCCCCAGCCCCACCAUGGCACUGGAGCUGGGGGCUGAAGCGCUGCUGGACCUGAGCUUCCUGACAGAGGAGGAGAGGCGCGCCAUCACCGAGGUGCUGCGCCGCGACUGGCAGCUCCGCCGGCGUGAGGAGGGGCGCAUCAGCAAGCUCCGCAAGUCGGUGUCGGACCCAGCGCGGCUGAGGACCCUCACCGGGGACUGGUUCUGCGAUGCCCGUGCCCAGCGCCACCGGCACCACCUGGGCUCCGACCUCGUCCGUGCCUCCAUCCGCCGCAGGAGGCGGCCCCGGGGAGCGGGGGACCUGGAGUGUGGCCCCAGCCUUGGCGAGCUGGAGGCCAUCGGCGAGCCACUGGUGGAGGAGAAGGAGGAUGAGGAUGGUGUGGAGGAGCUGGAGGAAAGCCCCCCUACGGAGGAGGCGCAGGCAACCGCAGAGCCCCAGCCCAGCCCCACAGCCCCAGCUCUGGAGGAGACCCCAGUGUCACAGCCCCUGUGGCAGGGUGACAUCCCAGCCAGGGAGCAGGAUGUCCCAGCCCAGCCAGGUGACACAGUAGGUGGGAACCCCUUUGGCACGUCCAGCGCGGAGGAAGACGAGGAGGAGCCCGACUCUGCAUGCAGUGGCCCUGAUGCUGGGCAGGGCUUGGGGACCCCCCAGACGGAUCAGACAUGCCCGGGCCGGGUGUCCCCGCAGAAUGGCCACGCGCCCCGAAGCAGCGUGCUGACCACCAGCUCCUCUGUGUCCAGCCUCAGCUCCUCCACGCUGAGCGGCAGCCUGAUGAGCCUGUACAGCGAGGGCGAGCUGGGCAGCGUGGCCGUACGGGGCUGCGUCCAGUUCUCCCUCUGCUACGACCCAGCCAAGAAGGAGCUGCGGGUCCACGUGCUGCGGUGCCGCGAGCUGGCCGAGGCCAAGAAGCAGCGGUCGGACCCGUACAUCAAGACGUACCUGCUGCCGGAUAAGUCCAACCACAGCAAGCGCAAGACCACAGUGAGGAAGAGGAGCUUGGAUCCCAUUUUCAAUGAGACCCUCAAGUACAAGCUGGAGAAGAGGGACCUGCAGGGCCGGACCCUGAACCUCUCAGUGUGGCACCACGACAGCCUGGGCAGGAACGUCUUCCUGGGGGAGGUGGAGAUCGCGCUGGGCGCCUGGGACUGGGCCAACACGCGCCCCGAGUGGUUCAGCCUCCAGCCCCGUAUGCCCAUCUCCUCGGACGGCCUCACCAGCCGGGGCAACCUCAACUUGGCAUUGAAAUUCAUUCCUGCUGGCUCAGAAGGUGGGGGGCUGCCACCCACAGGUGAGCUGCACAUCUGGGUGAAGGAUGCUCAGAGCCUCAUCCCCCUGCAAAGUGGCACCGUGGAUGCCUUUGUGCAGUGCUACGUGCUGCCGGACGACAGCAAGGCGAGCCGGCAGAAGACGCGGGUGGUGAAGCGAAGCCUCAAUCCUCUUUUUAACCACACCAUGGUGUACGAUGGCUUCCAGGCCAAGGACUUGGCCGAGGCGUGUGCCGAGUUCACCCUCUGGCACCGCGAAGCCUUUUCCAAACGCCAGCUGGGUGGCAUUCGGCUCAGCCUGGGCACAGGGAGCAGCUACGGGUUGCCGGUGGGCUGGAUGGACUCGACAGCGGAGGAGCGGGGAGUGUGGGGACGCCUGCUCCGGCAGCCGGGGCAGUGGGUGGAGGCGCUGCUGCCUCUGCGGACCAACCUCGUCCCCCGGGCAUAG